ACCACAAAACAUUCAAGGCGUCCAUCCACCAGCACAAUCUCCGCUUUUUCAACUACACUGGGUGCGCUAUAGCAUAGCACGUGGUGAGUGGUGAGUUCAGGCUCGAUCUUUUCCACAAGUUCUGUUGGCACGCGAGCAACCAGCAGAGCAAUACGUUAUUCAUGAGGCGGUGCCUUGGAAAUUUUUUGUGGAAUGGCACCGACGUGAGUGGAACUAAUACAUGCAAAAAUUUGGAGAUGACGUUGAAUCUAUGCUGAAAUCUAUCAAAAUGUUGGCGCAAAUCUCGAUGUAAAACACCUGCGUUGCGCUGUCCCAGUGCCAGUUUCUGUUCUCAAGCCGUACAGACCACUAAUGAGUGGCAGCACUGCAUAUUCAAAUUCACUACGGCAGCUGAUAUACUCCAGCUCAUCGACGACCGUAUGGGAGGCUUAGACUCAAAACUUGUUUCCAUGUCUAGAGCGGAACUUAUAGUGCGUAAACUCCUAUGCUAUCGGGAGCGUUAAUUUGUCCUACUACAGGCUGAUGCUAUGUUCAUGUUUCUUCAUUCGGGAUAAACGCGUAUCCUAUAUGCUCUAAAUCCAGAACUCGUCACCGAAAGUGGGGCUAAUCUCUGAUUGUUGCGGGGGGCGGUACCGAUCUCCGUUCAUGGAAGCAGACUCCCUAUCAACACACUCUGAACUGAACUGAGCUUUCAAGUGUUUCAGGGAGGCGCAAGUUUUUUUCUACGCACUCUGCUUGCGCCUCGCUUGUCUACAUUCCGGUAACGCUGUCCCCAGCUCCAAUUCCGGUCCCCAAGCGUACCACACAAGGCUUCAAAGCUGCUCCUAAAUAUCAACUAAAUCGAGCUCGAUCUCCUAACAACAGUCGACACGCUGUCAUUCCCGAAAACUGCAUACAAAAAUCAUCUCCCAACAGAUACUCUCACGUCAGUUAAGCUUUUACACGCCGGCGGUUGAUCAAUACUCGACCUUCGACCUCUUAGCUGGGACCGUGCACGGACAUCAAUAACCUUGAUCUCGAUAUCUCCCUCAGACCUUCGACCUCCUCUAGGCCAUCGACUUUAUUUUUUCCUUCCUCUUUCGCAUGAAACUUUUACAUGACGACUGGCCGUAUGAUCACAAAGAAACCCUCUGAAACCACCUCCAAGCCAGCAACACACCACGCCUAUUGUUCAAUGCAGAUAUCAUCUACUCACCUGCGAUGUCUUCUUCCGUAGACCUGAAACCGGGUCCCCUUCGUUCCCGCUGAAUGGUGGAUUCUGUGUUGGGAGGUAACAUCUGAAUACAUCGACAGAUCUGUUUUUGGGCGAAGAAGCCUAAAAGAUUGUUCGGAAUCAAAACAAAAAGCGCUCUGGUUGGGUAUGUACCUAUUGGUCGGGAUGGUUUGGUGGAAAGUCAUGUGCGUCACAGGGUCGUGCCAUCAGGAUCCUGCGCUAGAUGCAACCUCGCGCCGGAUGUUUAGAUAUAAAUUACUUAUCUCACCAAACGCGAGAGGGAGGGGGUCUGGCGAAGGUCCUUCCCCUAGCGUUGGCCGGGGUGGAACCCACGACAAGACUCGUGUUUACGGGACGCAAAACAAUAACACUGGCGGUGGGGCCCAGCACAACUACAGUGGCGAAGGUCAGUUCAUCAAUCAUGGGCGAAAUCAGAAUGUCAACGCUGGUCCGGGAAGUUUCAGCAUCAAUGAUGAUGUUGCCCGUCCAGUCCAGAAUGAGCUUGAGCUUGAAGAUAGUCAAACCACCGCCAGAACAUUCGGCCAGAACCAGGUCCUCAAUCAUCGUGAUGGCGGUAGGAGAAAUCCGUUCCAUCGCCCAACGGCCCCGCGCAAAACUCUCACUGAUAGGGAGAUUCUGGAGUGGAUGAAUACAAUAAUCGGUGAUGAAAACCGACUCAAUCGACUCCUUGGACUUCGGGAAACCAAGGCUGAAUGGGCCCUGGAGGACAUGCAACGCGCAAGCUAUUCUCCCGAGUGCAACUCGUCGAUGAAAAGCUCAAUAUUGGAUGUGAUUCUCUGGCUGUCUGAAGCCUCUGGCCGCUGUGUGCAGUGUCAUUACAACCCGAAUGUAGAAAAGGUUGAGAAUGGCCCCGCCUCACAGGGUAUCUUCGCAGACAUGUGGAGGGGAAGGAUUGGCGGGAGUUCAGAGAUAGUGGCCCUCAAGGUCGUGAGGCCAAGACAUACGCCGGGGCUGGGCGAGAAACUCAAGGCAAACAUGCGAGAAAUCACCAAGUGGCGAAAGCUCGAUCAUCGGAAUGUUCUACCAUUCAUUGGUUGUUUCUAUCUUGGGACAAGCACACGGGAGAUAUGUCUAGUGUCCCCGUGGAUGGAGAGUGGCAACCUUGUCGAUUAUCUACAAAUCAACCGCCCCGAACUGUGGAAACGUUUUUCAUUCGCAUGGGACAUUGCCGCUGGCCUCGAAUAUCUGCAUGGGCUGGACAUCACACAUGGCAAUCUGAAAGGCACUAACGUUCUAAUCACAUCCGACGGGGAAGUGGCGUGUAUCACCGACUUCGGGUUGGUCCAAAUACUUAACGCUGGCGGCAUGUCUGGCUAUAUAAGACCUACACCGUGGUGCGCACCGGAGGUCUUGGUCGAAGGGUCCAUCACUCAGAAGAGUGAUAUCUAUGCCUAUGGUUGUGUAUGCCAUGAGAACGUACUCCUUUCCACAACUUGAGCGAGGAUGAAUUAUAUCGAGCUAUUGUACAUCAAAGCCAACACCCG